AGCCAAAUGUGGGUCAGUGACGACACUUCCCCUCUUUCCUCAGAUUUAUCCCUCAACUUUUUUCUCUCCUCUGCGCUCCGGGACGCCGUGAAGUGAACUUUUUCUCUCUCCCUGUCGGCUCUAAAAUCAACACUCCAGCAUGUCGCCGCCGUCCCGACGGCUUCAGACGAAGCCCGUGAUUACCUGCCUGAAGACUUUCCUCAUCUCCUACAGCCUCAUUUUUUGGUUCACAGGCGUGCUCCUGCUGGCCGUCGGCGUGUGGGGGAAGGUGAGCCUGGAGGCCUAUUUUGCCCUGGCUACCGAGGAGAGCACCAACGCGCCAUAUGUCCUCAUCGGGACUGGAGCCAUCAUCGUUAUUUUCGGACUGUUCGGCUGCUUCGCUACGUGCCGCGGCAGCCCAUGGAUGCUCAAACUGUAUGCCAUGUUCUUGACCGUGGUCUUCCUGGCCGAGCUCGUGGCCGGAGUGUCAGGGUUCGUCUUCAGGCAUGAGAUCAAGGACACGCUGGACAAAGACUAUAAAAAAGCUGUGAAGGCCUACAACGACACCGCUGCGAUCGACGGUAUCCAGAGGACUUUGAAAUGCUGCGGUGUGUAUAAUUACACUGACUGGAGCAGCACCGAUUACUUUAAAGAGAAGGGGAUCCCUACCAGCUGCUGUAAGGAAACCAGCAAGUGCCAAGUGGAGAUCCUGAAAGACCUUAACAAGGCUGCAAAUGAGGUGUACGAAAGGGGAUGCUUUAAGCUGGUGACCGAUGCGAUGGAGUCCAACCUGGGAAUUGUUGCUGGGGUGUCUUUUGGGAUCGCAUUCUUCCAGCUCAUUGGGAUAUUCCUGGCCUGCUGCUUGUCUCGAUACAUAACCAACAACCAGUAUGAGAUGGUCUAACAGUCGCCUUCCACAGGUGACCCAUGGACAUAUCCUGGUGCCAACUGAGCUGACAUUUUAAUAUUAUGUGUGUGUGUUAGUUCAUAUUAUUUUAGAGAGGGGAAAAAAACACUCACUUGCUUCUUCUUUUAUUUAAUCUCGCCAAUGAGCAGAAGGGAAAAUGUUUCAAGGGAAUGAGAAGGGACAAGACCCGGUGCUCCGUUUGACCAAAAAGAAAAGGAUCCCAGACAUUUCAGAGACCAUUGUUACUCAUGGGAUUUAAUUAGGGAAAUGUAGAUGUUGUUAUAUAGUUAUUGCGUCUUUGUUUAAUUUGUCAACAUUUCAGUAUCUUGUAUCACAGCUGCCUUAUUUUGUCGUUUUUGUAAGUGAAUGUGUAGCAGAGUAAAUGUAGACAUUAAGCUUAUAAAUGUAAAACUGCUGCAGCACUGUGUGAAUCUAUGUGUGAAACCUAUGGAGAGGUCGCCACCCUGAAAUCAAGUAUGUACAAUUUAAACCAGCCUCACUAACGAAAUGACGGCCAGUACUGGUGAGAAGCCCAGCCUACCUUCUACGAUGGUUUUCAGUGUUAAGUUGUUACUCUUUUGUGGAUGCACGUAUGUGAAACACUUGAAAAAAUAAAGAUGAAAUUCAGCAUCUUUAA